GAUUAAAGUUUCGCUUAGAGAACUUCCUAUUAAAUCAAUAUGAAAGUAUUUGCUUUGAUUUUGUCUAUUUUUGCCUUGGCCUGCUCUGCCUUGGCUCUUAAGGAUCCAAUUUGCGCCUUGCCUUCUUCCGAGAUUGGCAUCUGCCGUGCCAUGUUACCCCGUUACACCUAUGUGGCCUCCUCCAAUGAAUGUGUGAAAUUCUUCUAUGGCGGUUGUGAUGGCAAUGAGAAUAAUUUCCAUACCAUGGAAGAAUGCGUAGAAAAGUGCAAGGAAUAAAUCUAAAAAAAGAUCUAGGAACAAAUUGUAAAAACCAUAAUACUCAACAAAUAAAAUAUUACAUUCAAUGAUA